AUGCCUGCUAAUCAAUCUCUGCCGCCUUUCUCUGAGAUCAGUGAUGAAUGGGGAAUCAAUUUGCGAACUCAUGUCAAAUUUCACUUAUAAAAGGCUCAUGUGGCACUUAUUGAUGACUUAUUUCUCCAAUGGAUAUUUGAAAUCUCUAAUAAGAUGACUUUCUACAAAUCUAAUUGCAAGUACAAGGACAUGAGGACUAUUGCUAACAGAAUUCAAAUAUUUGGAAUACAAUUGACUCAUAUUAACUUUAUUCAAGAUAAUUUAGAUGAUGGAUUAUAAUUUAACGAAUAAUGCAAAAAGGAUAUUACAUACACAGGCUUUACGACAAAUUAGUUGAUGGAUACACUCUAUGGAACAUCAGCUGAAAUAUCAUUUUUCUGCAAUCAUUUGAUAAUUGAUGUUGAUGAUAUGAUUCUAAGAAAUUUUUUGCGCGCAACUGAAUUCAAAAUCAGCUCAGAGAUUAACAAAAAUCAAAAUAAUCUGCUAUGUUAAAUGGAACAUUCAUUUUUAGGAAAGGAUAAAUGCUUACAUUUUAUAGUAGAUGAGUAUCUUGAUUUCAAUGUCAAAGUCGAGUUUAUGAUUUAUUUCACCAAAUUCAUGAGCAAAGUAAAUAUCUGUCACCUGUAUUACCUAAAUUUAGAAAAAUUCAUUGAUUUUAAAAUUGAAGUUAAUGAAGCAGGCAAGUUCUUCGCUUGUUUAUCAAAGUUUACUAAUUUAAGAUCUAUCAACCAAUUGAAGAGGAAAAUUUACUGA